UAUCAGCCAAACUGGCAUUUUGAAUGGUUGGUAUCAAUAUCAGCCAUGAUUGUAAAGAUCAGUCCAUCCCUUUUGAGCUAUUGUAUUGUGAGUUUUCAGGCAACACCCAGCCCUACAGUAUUCUGGCCUAAUACUAUAAGCACCCACAGACCUCCCCGCCACAUCCCAAACCAUGGGCAAACUUGACCAACAUUUUCUCAAGUUCUUAAACCUUUCAGUUUUUCAGUAUAUAUGUAUUUGUAUGUAGCAUGAUCUUCAAAUCUGAAUGUAUUAUCUUUCCCUUCUCUCAACAGGUCCCCUUGUUCCUUCAUCAUUUAUUUUAAAACUUCUGUUUCAUUAAAAAGCAAAAACAAAGGCACUUUUAAGAGCCACGUUUGUCUAUUUAAUUGUUGUUAGUCCGUCUAGUUCUCCGUGGUUCUUGCUCAUUUGCUCUUCCCCCUAUCCCUUUAGUGUUUUGUUUGUCCUUGUUCGUCAUGAGUGACCAUUCCAAUUUCGAACAGGUCCUUGAUGAGCUUGAUGAGCUUGUUGAACAUUCUGAAUUAAAUUAUGAACUCCAGAGCUUGGAUGAUUUCAUUAAUAAGAUGUCGGGAGAACAGGAGGCAGCACCAUCCACCAGCCAUCAACCUGUCAGGUGGUUGAAGAGAGACAGUGAUGGAAAUGUUGUCUAUGACAGACCAAGGUCAUCCCGAAACCAAAUGGCUAGUCACAGCUACAGUCGUAAGGCUGGUGCUCAUCCUAGAAUGUUGGACAGCAGCGUUGAGCUAACCAACUACUGUCCUCCUGACACUGUUGAGACUUUCCUUGAAGAGCUAAACCACUCACAGGGUGAUGACUUGGAUGAUCAGGAAACGGCACCAGCACCACCACGGGCCUCUUCAGACUGGUCUACUCGAAAAAGUCUCCUCUCAGAGAGGUGGGAGAAAGAAAGAGCCUGUCUGGUGAAUACCAUGGUAGCACAACAAAAUGUGACAACUCAGAUCUGCCAACAAUGUGGCAUCAGUCCAGCUGCUGUCCGUUGUCGUGACUGCAGACCACAACCAUUUUUCUGUGCUGAUUGUGAUCUCAGUAUACACCGAAACCACGUAUUCCACAACAGGGAUGCAACAAUAGCUGGAUUCUUUCAGCCAUUGCCUCCAACAACCUGUGUCGUGGAGAGGGCUCUUUUCCAGUGUGGUAAGGUGUAUUUCUUUUUUUUUCUUUCUUUUUUUUGAGUGUCCCAUUUGGGGCUGCACAAUUAAUGCAAUCACAAUUGCAAUAUGAUCCAACGCAACUGCCUAAUGGUAAAAUCUGCAAAUAAUCAUGCUUAGGUACAUUUGUGACAUUUGACUUUUAUAUUCACGUCAUCCUCCUUGACUGUGCAACUUC